UGAAUCCAGGGUUAUAAGACUGAAGAAAACAAAAUGGAUGUUUCGAAGUUGUUAUGCGACUCAUCUUUUUGUAGACUAUGUGCCGAAGAAAACAAAAACGGGGCCAGUUUAUUUCCACACAACGAAAACGACCAAGAUUUAAGCCAACUUGUGAAUAAAUAUUUGCCUUUAAAGGUUGAACGGGAUGGCAAGUAUCCUAUGAUUAUAUGCCCGGGAUGUAAUAUACAGCUGGAAGCCACAAAACAAUUUCUAGAUCUCAUUGUUGAGGGACAAAUUAAGCUACGAGACUUAUUUCGACUGCAGCAAGAAACGUUGCGCCGACAAGAAAAACAAAGGCAGCAGUUAGAAAGCGCAUUGAAAAAUGUUAAUCCAUCGUCAAGUGUUGGAACUUACGAAAUUCAAAGGGAUGACACGGGUGAAAAAUUUCUUAUUCAAAUAUUCUCGGAAGGUCCCUUAUUUCCACCGGAACAUGAGAUGUCCCUUAAAUCGGAAGGUCUGGAACGUCCGAAACGUAAACGAGGCAGACCUCCGAAACCCCUGCAUUCUACAAACUUAGUCGUAGAAGAAGAAACGAAAGAUGUCGAAGAACCCGAUAUUGAAGAGACAAUAGACGAUUUGGAAAGUAGACGGAAACGAAAAAUUAAGGUGCCCUCCCGUUUCCAAGAGGCGUUACAGGGUAAGGAACUCGACCGCAUCUUUAAGGAGGAGGGCGUCCUCGGCGACGAGUCGUUAUCCGACGAGGAAACGUAUUCGGAGACUAAACUGACUAGUAAGGCGGGAGAUGAAAUAAUCGGUCACUUACAAAACAAGGAGGGCGAAGAUCUCGGCGAACUCGUGAUCGUGAAUCGAAGCACGAAUAAAAUUCGGAUCAAGGCGAAAGACGAGACGGAAGGCGAGAAAAAGAAGUACGAGUGUAAAAUUUGCGGGAGAGAAUUUCAGCAUUAUGGACGAUAUGAGAUACAUAAAAAUUUUCAUCGGAAUAUUAAGUAUCAGUGUUGUGUCGCAGAGUGUAAUUUGAAAGAUACUGAGAAGUCCAUUAUUGAGGAGCAUCAGAGAGAAACCGGUCACAGCGGGAUUGUCUUGUUUGAAUGUAUUGAUGAUUAUGGUGCCAAAGUUCAUAUUCACGUUCCAGAAAAUGAUGACGAAGUAGAUGACGAGAGACUCGUACAGGAAAGUGAACCCCAAAGGCCGAGUCGCAUAGGAGAUACAGAAGUAAAGUUAGUGUGUAAUUUGUGCAACAAAACUUUCUCGUGCAAACAAAAUUUCGAAAUUCACCUUAAAGCUGUUCACGAAAAUCAGCGUCCGUAUCAGUGCGAUAAAUGCGAAAAGUCGUUUCCGUAUGUAAACAGCCUGAAAUGCCACAUGUUGCAGCAUAGUGAUAAAAACGAUAAACUGUACAUAUGCGAAGUGUGCAAGAAAAUUUUUAAUCAUCCGAGCAGUUUAGUGUACCAUCGCGAAGCCGAGCACAACAACGGACGACGGUUCGUGUGCAAUAAGUGUAAUAAAAGUUUUAAACAUAAGCAGCUGCUGCAACGGCAUCAGCUUGUUCAUUCCAAUGAAAGGCCGCAUACGUGUAAACUGUGUAGCGCGAGCUUCAAGACGAGGGCAAACUUGUUAAAUCACAUGCCUAUACAUACGGGUGAAAAAAAACACUACUGUACGCAGUGCGGGCAAAGUUUCGCUCACAAAACCUCUCUCACCCUCCAUAUGCGAUGGCACAGCGGCCAAAAACCAUACGAAUGUGAUAUUUGCAUGAAGACCUUCUCGCAGAAAGGCAAUUUAGCCGAGCACAAACGAAUUCAUACAGGUGAAAAGCCAUUCUGUUGCGAUCACUGUGGACGAAAGUUUACUACCUCAUCACAAUUCAAGUUACAUAUUAAAAGACACACAGGCGAAAGGCCGUGGAGGUGCGAGUACUGUUCGAAAACGUUCCUACACAAAGACACGUGGAAGUGCCACACGCGCAGGCACCGCAAUGAAAGGCCGUAUCAGUGCAAGCAGUGUUUAAGGGGUUUUACUGAGCAAUGGGCGCUUAAAAAGCAUGAACGUUUGCAUACCGGUGAGAAGCCAUAUGUCUGUGAUGUUUGCAAUAAAGGUUUUGCGGAUUGCUCUAACUUAACUAAACAUAAAAAGAUACAUGGGAACCCUAAGACGGAAAAGGGGUCGACAAAACCGAAAAAUAUGAAAAUUGUCUCGACCGAUGGCAAAGGUGAAAAUCAAGUUGUCUACUUGGCAUAUCAGGAUCCAGUAGCAAACGACGAUGACGUUCAAACACUUGUACAUAUAAUGGACCAACCAGAUCCUAAGGAAGAAAUGGACAAUUCGUUUAUUUCUUCCAUUGUACCAGAUUCCAUGUCGCAUCUUCAGGAACUUGUCGACGAGGACGGUAGCGCUAUCAAUUUAACAACGGCCGACGGUCAAAACAUCAAAGUGUUGGCGUCAAUGGAAGACGAACAGCAAAUCUUACAGGGUCUCCUUCCAAACGGUACCAUUGUGCCUAUCACGUUAACAAUUCAAAACGGAAAACCAGUUGCGUCGAUUAUGUCUGUAGAUGAGGAAGAACCUGUAGACAAGGAGAUGAUCUCCGAAAUGAGCGGUGACGACGUGGAAGAAACCGGGUCAAGCAUAGUGCUAGACGAUAGUAUACAAUUUUUAAAUGACGACGAAAGUAAGCUGGAUAACAGCAUUCAAUUUUUAACGGAAGAUGGACAAAAUAUAUGUUUCGUUACCACGUAUAAUAUAGACGAGGGUAUAAAUCCACAUUAUCUCGCUAUGACCUAAGACGCAUGCCGAUUUAAUUUUAAUUUUAUGAGAUUAGCGUAAUUUAUUUAUUGUAAAUACAAUAAUUAUAAGCUUUUUACGAAAAUAAAUUUUAACACAUAACAAAAUA